AUGGACCAACCUGGGGAGGAGUUCUUCUACCCGAUGUAUGAUACCUGCGACGGGGUUUCCGCGCGCUGUCCGAUCGAGGCGACCACGUACGGGGACUACUUCACCCUGGGGGCUUGCGCAUUCUUCGUCGGCAUCUAUGGGGCACUCCUCAUCGCGCAGGCGUAUCUCGGAUGGCGUUCCAGAGCCUGGGCCUUCGUCGCGUGGCUAGCGGCCGGGACCGCGUUCGAACUGAUGGGUUACGCGGCGCGCAUCUACAUGUCCUUUAACCCUUGGUCCUUCGAAGGGCUCGUCAUUAACAGCAUGAUGCUCGUGCUCGGCCCGACGCUGACGGCGGCGGCCAUCUCCGUCACGUUCAAGCACCUGGUCCUGUGGUACGGGCCGGAAUGGUCGCUGAUCAAACCCGGGCUUUACCCCUGGGUCUUCGUGGGAACCGACUUCAUAUCCAUCGUGAUCCAGGGCGCGGGAGGCGGAAUCUCGGCCAUCGCGAACGGUAUGGAAGAUGGCCGGAGCUUGUACGACGCGGGCUCGGCCAUGCUGGUGGCAGGGGUGUCCUUCCAGGUGGCCAAUAUGGUGUUAUGCGGCGCGCUCAUGCUGGUUUACGUCUGGCGACGCAAGAGGGCAAUGAAGCAGAAAACCAAUGCCGGAGGGCACGGCGGUAGCUCAAAGAAGUGGAGUCUGUUGGCGGUGCUACGCGGGCACGAGACGGCGAAUAGGGCAGAGCAUAUGGCCAAAGUCUUCAUCGCGGGGCUCACAACUGCCUACGUUGCCAUCAUUAUCCGCUGCAUUUAUCGAAUCCCCGAGAUGUCCAUGGGCUGGGCGAACGAGCUGAUGCAGAACGAGACGCUAUUUCUCAUCCUGGACGGCGCCAUGAUACUUCUCGCCGCUAUGCUUUUGACCGUGGUCCAUCCGGCGCUUCUCUUCCCGUUCAUGGGAAAGGUGGGCGAGGAGAAGGAGCAGAUCAUGGCAGAAAGAGCAGAACAACGGGAGAUGCGCGAGGUUCUCUGA